AUGCCUGGCAAGAUGACCAGCACUGCUGGACCGCACGGACUGAGCGGUGAGGAGAGCAACCACAGUGGGGCUGCGUUGAGACAUCUAUGUGGUGCCUGUGGUGUGUGCAGCUGUCGGAUUCAUCGAGCAGCUGGAGGCCAUGGGCUGCCAGGUGGCAUACAGCGGCGGCAGCACGUGAGUGACGGAGACACUCGACAACACACAUAGCCCUUCAUACGCCUUCGAGUGCAAUGAGUCUGCCUGUCUUCAGGGUCAAGUUGGAUUGCGUGAGGGUCGAGAACAAUGUCGUCGAUCCGCCGCCUCUCCAUCCGGUCGUCCGCAGAAUGGCCGAGGGAUUCGCCGCAGCGUCAAAGCUCGGUGCCAAAUGAGCCACCUGCUUGGACUGAUGUGCAUAGCCCAUGUGACCUCUCUGUGUAUGUCUGUCGAUCAUUCAGUGGACAUCACCUACGGGGGUGUCCGCCUGCCUGAGGUCAGCCACAGCCACACAAACGCGCACGCGCAUCAAUGCGCCUACAACUUGGAUAUGUGUUUCUGGUGCAUUUGUCAGCGAUGAAGCUUCCUCCCGCCAUUCAGUAGGGCGUCGCAGCUAGGGAUCGUCUUCAGCCGCAGCAACGACGAGCUGCUUGACGUGCACGACGACGACUUCAGCACCAUCCCGGCCUUCCUCACCCAGCCAGGCCGCUACCCUAACGUCGAGGACCUCUUGCUCGAGCGCAUCGGCAGAUCGACGGGCGGCAACAGCGUCAUUGCCGCACCCCCCAACCCUCUCAGCCGCAUCGUGACGAAGGCCCUGCCGUCCUUGCAGCGGCUGCAGCUUAGCCAGAUUGCCCCGUCGAUCAGCGCCAGCUGUCUCUACUACCUGAAGGUUCGUUAGAGGCACGGGCACAGCCAUCCGUAUCCACUUAUUCAUCUGUUUAUUAUACUGUCAGGAUCGCACCGAGAAGCUGGAGGGAGUCGAGGUCCGCUGGCCGCGCCUGCCAGUGGAGCUGCCCCCUUUGGUGCUCGCCCCGCCCCUCGCCCCACCCGUCAAGCGGCUGCUCAUCACCAACAGCCGGAGAUCGAGAUCCUUCACGAGAGCAGCCACCGUCACUUCGCUCUUCAGUCUGGCCUUCCUGCUCAUGCCCGACACGGCCGACAUCACGCUGCGGUUGGCAGAUGCUGACACGGACCGGGGGGCGGCCUUGGCGCUUAUGCAGUGUGUGCGGCGGUGCAUGCGGUACUACGACGUGCAGCUGCCCAUGACCGACGAGGACCAGGGCGAGAACCCGCGGACGUUUGUCGUCAAGAUGACCAAGAAGGCCGGCGUAGACUGAUGGAUGGGUGCGUGGGCCAGGGAGGUCAGAGGAGACGAUAGAGUAGCCAGCCGGCCACGACAUGCAGCGACCUGUACAGAUUUCGUCGCUGCUACUUUGUAGCCGACUGACUGACUUGAGACUCGGCCUACACAUGAAUGGAUCCAUGGAUGGAACACAUGGAGUUGGAACGGUCAUUAUUUCCCGGGUACAUACCUGCACACUGUUGAAAAAGGCCACACUAAAGUGUCCACCGUCUGGUCCCCCUCCCGCCUUGAUGUUCGGACGGUGGUGUUGAUUAAUCGCACUCACUCACUCACCAUGCAGUGGUGACAGACAGACAGACACGUCAGCCAGUCAGUAUCCAUUCGUCCAUUCAUUCACACUGACUCAGAC